AUGUUUGAAAAGGAUAUACCGAAUAGAAAAUGGUCAGAGAAACGGUUGAAAUUACAAGGAAAAAAAAAAGUACAUAAUUUAAAUAAUGAAAUCAAAAUAUUGAUUUUUUUAGAAAACUAA